GCCUGUCUGUCUGCUGCUUUUAAAUGGAGGUUACAGUUGAUCCAUCAGCCCCAGAGCUGCACGCAUGCCCAUCUUUUUGCAUCGUUUAGUGGUGUCAACUUAUUAAUUUCUAUCUUCUACUCCAGGCCCGGUGGUUUCCUGUCUGAAAGCAUUAUUACUUUUGUCCAGGUGGCAAAAUAAUUAGCAUACUGAUGAGGAGCGAUCCUGUCUCUGAGCCUCGCUAGCAGGAGAAGAUGUGCAGUGGGAAGUUGAUUGGAUGAAUGGCGAACAAAUGGUGGGCGUUCAAAGGCUUUAGAAGAGUUUUGUUGUCGUGGAGCAGAAAAUGAAUCUGGAAGAAAAUUGGUGAAUCCAAUACAGUGGACCUACAAGCACCCUGACAGGCUCGGAGAGCAGAGUCUGGACCAAAGAACAAUUACCCCAUCAAACGAUUUCAGAUGGAGGUGGAUGCAGACGAGAAGCGCCAUCGCACACGCUCCAAAGGUGUUCGAGUUCCCGUGGAACCAGCCAUACAAGAGCUGUUCAGCUGUCCUACUCCUGGCUGUGAUGGCAGUGGUCACGUUAGUGGCAAAUAUGCAAGACAUAGAAGUGUGUAUGGCUGCCCUUUGGCAAAAAAAAGAAAAACACAAGAUAAGCAACCCCAAGAACCUGCUCCCAAAAGAAAACCAUUUGUGGUUAAAACAGACAACUCUUCGGUAGAUGAGUGUUAUGAAACUGAUGGAACAGAGGAAAUGGAUGAAAAGGAGGAGGAGGAGGAAGAGGAAGAAGAAGAAGAAUAUUCUGAUGACAAUGAAGAACAAGUUGAUGAUGAUGAGGAUGAUGAAGAGAUAGAUCGAGAAGAGGAUGAGGAGAUUGAAGAGGAAGAGGAGGAUGAAGAGGAAGGAGAAGAUGUGGAGGAUGAAGAAGAGGAGGAAGAAGAGGAGGAAGAAGAGGAGGAGGAAGAACGUGAAAGAAAUCUCCGUUGGAGGAGCUCCAGGAACAGAUGUUCCAAGGCACCAUUUAGCCUAUAUCACAUGAAGACAUUCAAGAUGGCUUGUACUCCAGAAGACCAUCAAAUGAAUUGUCACAAUACUCGAAUAAUGCAAGACACAGAAAAGGAUGAUAACAAUAAUGACGAGUAUGAUAAUUACGAUGAACUGGUGGCCAAGUCAUUGUUAAAUCUUGGCAAAAUUGCAGAGGAUGCAGCAUACAGAGCCAGGACAGAAUCAGAAAUGAACAGCAAUACAUCUAAUAGUCUGGAAGAUGAUAGUGACAAAAAUGAAAAUAUUGGUCGGAAAAGUGAGCUGAGUUUAGAUUUAGACAGUGAUGUUGUUAGGGAAACAGUGGACUCCCUUAAAUUAUUAGCACAAGGACAUGGUGUAGUGCUUUCAGAAAACAUUAAUGACAGAAAUUAUGCAGACAAUACUUCACAGCAAGAUAACAGGAAUAUGAACUUUGUAAUGCUAGGGAAGCCUGUGAACAAUGGACUCACAGAAAAAAUGGUGGAGGAGAGUGAUGAAGAGGUGUGCCUCAGCAGUUUGGAAUGCUUACGGAACCAAUGUUUUGACCUUGCUAGGAAACUCAGUGAGACAAACCCACAGGAAAGAAAUCAGCAACAAAACAUGAACACCCGUCAACAUGUCAGGCAAGAAGAUGACUUCCAAGGAAGAACACCAGAUCGGAAUUACUCUGACAUGAUGAAUUUAAUGAGGCUUGAGGAACAGUUGAGCCCCAGAUCUAGAACUUUUUCUAGCUGUGCAAAGGAGGAUGGGUGUCAUGAAAGAGAUGAUGAUACCACCUCUAUUACUUCAGACAGAUCUGAAGAAGUGUUUGAUAUGACAAAAGGUAACUUAACGCUGCUUGAGAAAGCUAUUGCUUUGGAAACUGAACGAGCAAAAGCCAUGAGAGAAAAAAUGGCAGUGGAAGCUGGAAGAAGGGAUAAUAUGAGAUCAUAUGAGGAGCAGUCUCCAAGACAACUUUCUGGAGAUGACAGGAAGCCUAAAUCCAGUGACGGCCAUGUCAAAAAGCCAUAUUAUGAUCCCUCAAGAACAGAAAAGAAAGAGAGCAAAUGUCCUACCCCUGGGUGUGAUGGAACUGGCCAUGUAACGGGGCUUUACCCCCAUCACCGCAGUUUGUCAGGAUGCCCACACAAAGAUAGGGUCCCUCCAGAAAUUCUUGCCAUGCAUGAAAAUGUUCUUAAGUGUCCUACACCAGGCUGCACAGGUCGGGGCCACGUAAAUAGCAACAGGAAUUCUCACAGAAGCCUCUCUGGAUGUCCUAUUGCUGCAGCAGAGAAACUGGCUAAAGCUCAAGAGAAGCAUCAGAACUGUGAUGUGUCAAAAUCAAACCAGGCAUCAGAUCGGGUUUUAAGGCCCAUGUGCUUUGUUAAGCAAUUGGAGAUCCCUCAGUAUGGCUACAGAAACAAUGUCCCCACCACCACACCCCGCUCCAACUUGGCCAAGGAACUAGAGAAAUACUCUAAGACUACGUUUGAAUAUAACAGUUAUGACAACCAUGCCUAUGGCAAGAGAGCCAUAGCUCCCAAGGUGCAAUCCAGGGAUAUAUCCCCCAAAGGAUAUGAUGCUAAACGUUAUUGUAAGAAUUCAAGCCCAACCAGCAGCACAACAAGCAGUUAUGCCCCUAGCAGCAGCAGCAAUAUGAGUUGUGGUGGAGGCAGCAGUGCCAGCAGUACCUGCAGCAAGAGCAGCUUUGACUAUACCCAUGACAUGGAGGCAGCACACAUGGCUGCCACUGCUAUUUUGAAUCUCUCCACUCGCUGCAGGGAGAUGCCUCAGAACCUCUCCACUAAACCUCAGGAUCUCUGUGCCAGGAAUCCUGAUAUGGAAGUCGAUGAAAAUGGAACCUUGGAUCUAAGCAUGAACAAACAGAGGCAGCGAGAUGGUUGUUGUACCAUUUUGACACCGCUGGAGCCAAUGUCGCCACAACGACAAGCUGUGAUGAAUAAUCGGUGUUACCAACUGAAUGAGAGCGACUGCUGGGACUUACCAGUGGACUACACUAAGAUGAAGCCCAGUAGAAUAGAUGAAGAUGAUUCCAAAGAGAUUAAUCCAGAAGACUUGGAUCCUUUCCAAGAGGCUCUUGAAGAACGAAGGUACCCUGGUGAAGUUACAAUCCCAAGCCCCAAACCCAAAUACCCUCAGUGCAAAGAGAACAAAAAGGAUUUAAUAACUUUAUCUGGGUGCCCCUUGGCUGACAAAAGCAUUCGAAGUAUGCUGGCCACAAGCUCACAAGAACUCAAGUGUCCCACCCCCGGUUGUGAUGGCUCUGGACACAUUACUGGAAAUUAUGCUUCACAUCGAAGUCUUUCAGGUUGUCCACGAGCAAAGAAAAGUGGAAUCAGGAUAGCACAAAGCAAGGAAGACAAAGAAGAUCAAGAGCCAAUUAGAUGUCCAGUUCCUGGUUGUGAUGGUCAGGGUCAUAUAACUGGAAAAUAUGCAUCCCAUCGCAGUGCAUCAGGGUGCCCGCUAGCUGCCAAAAGGCAAAAGGAUGGGUACUUAAAUGGCUCACAGUUCUCUUGGAAGUCAGUGAAGACGGAAGGUAUGUCAUGUCCGACUCCAGGAUGUGAUGGCUCAGGACAUGUCAGCGGUAGUUUUCUUACUCAUCGUAGUCUAUCGGGAUGCCCCAGAGCCACUUCAGCCAUGAAGAAGGCAAAGCUGUCUGGGGAACAAAUGCUAACAAUAAAGCAGCGGGCCAGUAAUGGUAUAGAAAAUGAUGAAGAAAUUAAGCAGUUAGAUGAAGAAAUCAAGGAACUAAAUGAAUCCAAUUCCCAGAUGGAAGCUGAUAUGAUUAAACUCAGAACUCAGAUUACCACAAUGGAGAGCAACCUGAAGACGAUAGAAGAGGAGAACAAAGUAAUUGAACAGCAAAAUGAGUCUCUUCUUCAUGAAUUGGCCAAUUUAAGCCAGUCUUUAAUUCAUAGUCUAGCUAAUAUCCAGCUGCCACAUAUGGAACCAAUCAAUGAACAAAAUUUUGAUGCUUACGUGACCACUUUGACGGACAUGUAUACAAAUCAAGAUCGUUAUCAGAGUCCAGAAAAUAAAGCCCUACUGGAAAAUAUAAAGCAGGCUGUGAGAGGAAUUCAGGUCUGAACAGCUGCUAUAGUGGUGAAAGUCUUGCUUAAAAAAAGGAUGCCUCUUGUUUUUUGCUGCUGUAAUUUACCAGAAAGUGUUAUAUAUUUAUUUCUGUUUGAAACAGUGUUAUGCUUACAAGACUUCAUAAUGAUUUUAUGUCUUGCUUUAAAGAUAGUAACUGCAGAAUAGUUUUUUGAAUACAUUCACAUUUUGUACGUUUUCAUAUAAGCUGACAUAGUGUGAUAUGCCAUGUAAUGUUUAUAGCUGCUAAUGUAUGCACAUUUUUGGGGUAUAUAUAUUUCUGAAGAGGUAAGCUGAUCAAAAUAAAUAGAGUGUAAAUUCUUUUUAAUGCUUUAGUGAUUAAAUGUUUUAGUAUUUUGAACUGAAAUGGACAAAAAAAAAAACAGCUUUGAAUGACAAUGUUGCGGUCUGCAGCCACUUUUUAAACACUAUCAUUUUGCCUCAUGUUGGAGGAUUUUAUGGGAUUUAAGAAAUACAUUUUGUGUGCAUAUUGUUUCAUAGCAAGAAUUGGUUGCAAAAAUGCUUUAUUUUUGAACAAUGCUUGAAAAUAUUAUGUGACUUUCGUUUUCGGAGGUUGGUGUGUGGUGGGGGCAAUAAAAUGAGGUUUUUUGAAUUCCAAGAAAAUGGCAUGGAUUAGAUGUAAGAUACAAAAUGGGUAAUUUAUUGUAAGACAACAUCAAGCCAUGGAAACUUGACAGAAGAUUCAAAGCAGCUUAAACAGCACUUUUUAAUUAACUUCUAAGCAUUACAUGGUAUGAAUAUGAGAACUUCCAUUAUGAAAGGAACUAUAUCAGAGGUGGACAACGUGAAGAUUUCAGCUUUUAUUUCCAAAUAAACUUUGGAGCCACCAUUCUCUUAUCUCUCCUGGACUGCUUAAUUCCCCUCUGAACUAUCUGUUAUAGCGAUGUAGUU